ACGAGGAAAACGCAACCGAAUACAGGUUUUCAGUUACUGAAUUUCCCCAAAAAAACAAUCAGUGCCGUGGAUUUAGGGGAUGCACUGGAACGUUUUGAGCUGAGUGGUUAUGUGUUGUUGCCUUUGUUCACGCAUUUUGAGGAGGAACGUUGAUCAAUUGCUUUGCUGAGAAAUUACGUGCUGAUUAAAACAUAUAAAAUAACAUUGUUCUACGGUGAUUUAAUAUGCCUUGGUAAAGCUUUAGGAUGUAAAUAAAUCAUGCAGUGCAAAGGCUUCUGAUGUCUAUUUUCUAAUAAAUGCACACGAAUGAAAAGUAGCCGUUUACUUGCACUUGUUUUGAAAUUGCGGUCAAGUGAAUGUAUUUUACUUAUUAUAUCAUUCUUAUAUUUACAUGUUUGUAUUGUUCCUUCUCAGCCUCCGAGACAAUCGGUCGCUUGUGGGGUUAUGGAAUCAUCACGAACGGACGGCCCCUUUAAGAGUGUAGUCGCUGACAUUGACGAAAUUUCCUGGUCAGGUCCUCCCGUCGUGUGCUUCAAUGAAAAUCAACAAGAGAAAUUGAGGCAGGCUUUUUUUUUUUUUUUUUUUUUAAUAUAUGUGUAUAUAUAUAUAUAUAUAUAUACGGCGGGGGCUGGCAUUGACACAAAAAAACCUGUAUUGGAAACUAAGCCACCGAUUUUCAAGCGGCGAUUCCGUAAACAAAAGCAGAAAUAUAUUUCUUCAUUUUGUUCAUUUCGAGGUUUUAAAGAUAUUCAGUGGGUUCAGAAGGUGUAGAAAAAUACACCACAGAAUCACAAGGACCCUCAGUGUUAAUGAAACUUUGCUCUGAUUUCCGCGCUGGAGACACCAUUCAUCAUGUUAAGGUAAAGCAGAAGAGCUCUGUGUUGAACAUGCUAAAACGGUUGGACAAAAUAAGGUUCAGAGGCCACAAGCGAGAUGAAUUCCUUGAUUUAGCCGAAUCUCCAAACACAUCAGACAAUGAAGGUAGUGAUGACAUCCCAGUGAAGCCCCGUCCAUCAUUAAAAGACGCUGAAGACUACAGAGACCCUGCUGGUCCAGGGAAUCUGGUGAUGGCAUCAGCAUUACAGGACUUUCAAAGAACGGAAUCGGACCGACUAAACGAGAUCAAAGGUCAUCUGGAAAUUGCCUUAUUGGAAAAACACUUCUUGCAGGAAGAAUUAAGAAAACUGCGAGAAGAAACAAAUGUUGAAACAUUAAAACAGGAACUUGAUAAAGAGAGAAUAAAAAGAAUAGAACUGGAACAAAAAGUCAACGAACUUCUGAAAACAAGAGCAGAAGAAUCUGCAGUACAGCAGCCUACAAAAGUCAAUGGAUCAGAGAAAAGGGUUGAAACAGUCUAUUCAAGAUUUCAGAAAUGGCUUUAUGAUAAGUUUGGGGUGUACAUUGAGGACUUCCGAUUUCAGCCAGAAGAAAACACUGUGGAGACGGAAGAACCACUAAGUGCUAAACGGUUAACAGAAAACAUGAGAAGAUUAAAACGAGGUGCCAAACCUGUCACUAACUUUUUAAGGAACCUCUCAGCCUUAUCAAAUUGGCACUCUGUAUACACUUCAGCAAUUGCCUUCAUUAUUUACAUGAAUGCUGCGUGGCAUGGCUGGGCCAUCCCUAUGUUCCUCUUUUUAGCCAUUUUGAGGUUAUCCUUAAAUUACCUCAUUGCAAGGGGUUGGAGGAUACAGUGGAGUAUUGUGCCUGAAGUUUCAGAACCUGUGGAACCUCCAAAAGAAGACCUUACCGUAUCAGAAAAGUUUCAGCUUGUUCUUGAUGUUGCACAAAAAGCGCAGAAUCUAUUUGGCAAGAUGGCAGAUGUGUUGGAAAAGAUUAAAAACUUAUUUAUGUGGGUCCAGCCUGAAAUAACACAGAAGCUAUAUAUAGGGCUCUGGGUUGCAUUUAUUGCAUCUAGUUUCCUUCCCUUCAAACUGCUGGGCUUUUUAAUGGGAGUAUAUGCUGGAAUCAAGUUUUUCAUAAUCGAUUUCAUCUUCAAACGUUGCCCAAAGCUCCGAGACAAGUAUGAUACUCCUUACAUUGUAUGGAUGAACUUGCCUACUGACCCACAGCUCAAAGAAAGGACAAAUGCAACAGUAUCAAGACGGCUGUCAGGGCAUGAAAAGGUUCAACCAGUUACAUCAUCCCGAAGCAUCCUUGGGACAAAUAACCCUUCGGUGAUCAAUAGGGAAGAUGAAGGCGGGCGAUCUCACAGCACCAAAAAAGGCAGUUUCCAUGAAAUCUUCAACUUAUCAGAGACUGAGCGCCCUCUAGCGGCCUAUGAAAAUGGAUGGCGUUGCUGCUUGAUAAACAGAGACAGAAAGAUGCCAACUGACUACAUUCGCAAUGGAAUCCUUUAUGUAACAGAAAAUUAUUUAUGCUUUGAAAGCUCCAAGUCCGGUUCAUCCAAGAAAAAUAAAGUCAUAAAACUAACAGACAUAACAGAUAUUCAAAAGUACAAAGUGCUGUCUGUUCUGCCAGGAUCAGGAAUGGGCAUUUCAAUAGCAACACCGUCUACACAAAAGCCACUGGUGUUUGGUGCCAUGAUACACAGAGACGAGGCCUUUGAGAUGAUCUUCGCCCAGUACAUGAAAAUAAUGUCUGCAGCUUCCAUCAGUGAAACCUAGCAGCAAGGAAAUGGUCUUCUUGUCUCUCUUGUUCUUGGUGGUGGGUGGGCCAGAGACUCCUUUGCCUGCUUUGCAAUACUUUUUUCAGGUCAUGGAAAUGUGUAUUGUACAGUUUGUGUUUUUUGUAUUUGUCUCUUUUUUUUUUCAUUUACUCUAUUGCUGCAAGCCUUGCACAGUAAGCACUUUUUUGCAUUUGUUUCCAAGUGCUUUGAAAGUGUGAUAAAAUAGAAGUUAAGACUGACCUGGAGAAAGACAAAUCAAAGCCUUUUUCAAUUCCGUAAAUUCCAUGUAUAAAACAAACCCUACUCCAAACGGAAUGGACUGGCUAGUGCAAAUGCCUGCCAAUAUUUUACCUUUUAAAAUGAAUUAAUGUAGUUAAACAAAGGAUUAAAAAAAAUUGUGGUGAAUGGCAUAGUCUAAGAAGCUGUUUCGACCUAGGAUGUUUUUUUUGUACAACGCUUCAAGAAGCAUAUUGCAUAGUAAUUGCUAGGUAAUUAUUUGGUAACUACAGUUUGGUAUUAAUGAAACUAGUAGGUAACUAAUUUAGUGUUACCAUGUAAGUAAGGAGUCACAAACUUUCAAUAGAGUGCAUUUUCAUACAUUAGUAGUAGUAACCAUGUAAUUACUACAUUGUAAGAGAUUGUUAGUUAUCAUUUAAAAGUGAUUUUUAUACCACAAUUAGAUUAUUAUGUUAUACAUGGCAGUAAUAACCACAGUUCACUGUUAUUGCUAAAAUAACAACAACAUUAUUGACACUAUACUGUACUUACAGAACAUUUACUCAGUAAGUUAUAUGUAAUACCAUAUAUGCCCAUCAGUAUAACUAAGUGUUUGUUAAAGUGCUUUCAGGCCAGAAGUGACAUUCUAAUUUUAGACUAUUUACAUUUUACUAGGUUGUCAUUGAUAGGGUUUCUAUGUAGUUUUCCCAGCAGAUUUGUUAUCCAUUCCAGGAUGAGUGCACCCUAACACCUCAGUGAAAUUUCCUCUCCUCACUUGCCUUUAGCCAGCUAAUGCAUUACUUACACCAUCCGCUUGUUGUAUAUCUAAAAAAAGGUGAAAUCCUUCAAAGGAGAGAGGUGCCUGCAAUAAACUUUCUUGUUUUUACAAAAGGCUUCUAUUCACAACUGAAGGAAGACAAUAGAAAUUAUGAAAGUCUUGCUGGGCUUCAGCACUACAGUGUUGACUGCACUGAAGUUUGUCUUUGUUUUUAACCACAAAACUUAUUGCACCCUUAUACUGUACAAAAACUAAAGAAAUAAAUCUUUCAUGAAACUGUUUAGUAGCCCUGACCAGCAAGUGUUUAAGAAGUGAAUUAAAACCCAGCUAGACAACAAGAUUCAGAAUGACCAAUACCGUUUCUACUAUUCAGAAUAAGUUGCGCAGCACAAACCAUUUCCAAAUCCCCAUACCAAAGCACUUACUUAAAUGCACUCUGUGGAAGGGCAGUGAUGGUAAUGGCCAGGUAGUACAAAUAUCUGUACUUGGUCAGCAUUUUGUAUUUUGGCCUCACUCUCUUAGUACACUUCAGUGAUGCUUACUGAGAAUGCACUGCAAACAGUUGUACUGUUAGCAGCAAGAUAUAGGAACUCAUUUAGUUCAACAGGUACCGGGUUCGUAGCGGCAGUUCAUCCAAAAUCAUUGUUUAAUGAAUUCUGUUUUAACUUUUGCAUCAGUGACAGACCAGGCUUUUCUUUUCUUUUUUAAACAGUAUUCUGGCCUCUGCCUGUUGUGCUCUUAGCUUUUUGUAAGGAUUCUGGUACGUUUGUUUACUUUAACCAGGUUUAAUUUUCAAACCAUGUUUGUGAGCAGUGCUGGAGGAACAAAGUAAAACAUAAUAGGUGAUAGGGCCAAUUUUAAAUGAAUUGCCAUAUUGUAGUUCUGGCCACCACCUCCCAAGAAUUAUCAGUAUAUUAACUCUGGCUUUAAAUAAUUGCUCAGAUGUUUUUAGAUACUAAGCAGACUAUCAAGAAGCAGCGAAACAUGUCACUGUUAAUUAGUCAUUACCAUGUCCUAUUGCUUAGAGAAUUGCUUAGUGCUUUAUUUGAAUGUUUUUGUAUGUAUUUGUUUUUAAACAGUGGGACAACAUUUUUGUAAUCCAGAUUCCUAAACCUUAGAAAAACUGUCCACUGUCCUGUUUUAAGCUCCGUACAGGAACAUUAACAAUAUCACUAUGGUUUGGUUUAUUUUUGUCACAUGAAUACCAGAACAGCCUAGUAUGUGGCAUACUGCCUUUGUACUAAUAGAAUGCAAACAGUGUACAUGAACAUACUAAAGCACAGAAUGUAUUGUAAAAGUGUUUGCUGCCAAAUGUGAAGUGCUCUAUUUUAGUUUACAGUUGAGAUCUGAAAUGUUUACAAAAGGUUGGUUGAAGCUCCAUGAUUUUCUGCUUCUUAAAAUGGAAGAGAAGAAGCCAGUUUGAAUCCCUUUUGUGGAAUGGGAUAUGAGAACUAGCGAUAUGUCUUGUAAUGAAACCAUACGUUUUGAACAUUGGUGCCCCAUCUGAAUGGUCACGUGACAACCCAAAUAUGUCUUAAGAAUGUAUAAUGGUACAAAUAUAUACAUUUUGAUAGCACACAUUCUUUUUAAGGUAGAUUAAGCCACCACAACCCCAUAUCCACAACUGUUUUAAUAUGUAUUGUCAGAGACUGAGAAAUAUGCAAAUUGCUUUUGAGCAGCUCUUCUGCAGCAUGUUUCUGUGGGUGGAAGGGUUUUCAGGUCACUUGAUACUGAGAUUUUCGCAUUUUAUAUAUAUUUUUUCACAACAGUGGAUACAUACUGUAUAUAUUUUCUCCACAGUUCUACAGCACGAGUAGAAGGCAGCUUACUAAUUAUGGUAGUAAUUCUAAAACUUGGAGAUGAGAAAAAAAAGGAUUGUUAUUUCCACACAAAGGUGGUGUCUCAUUUUACUGCAUUUUUUUUUUUUUUAAAUAAAAAAAAAAACCAUAAAAAUGAAAUCGAGCUGUUGGUCUUCAAAUGUAUUAGUUGUUUUUGUGUAAAUGUUUGCUGUCUAUUUUCGUAAUGUUCCCAAUUGGUAUAAAAGAACAGAAGGAAAUGUUUGUUAGUCCUUUGAAGGAGUUGUGAGCAUGUGUUUGUAAUCUGUGUAGCUGGUGUGAAGCUAAAAUUUAUAUUGAAAAAUGUACAAAUUUCCCCUGUAAAGUUUUUAAAGAGAAGGAUGUAUAUCAUAAAAAAAAAAAAAACUGCUGUACAUUUUUUUUAUUUAAGUAAAUUAAUUUAAAGUUAAA